GUUUGUUUAAGUAGAGCACUGUAGAAUCUAGGAUUUGGAUCUACCUGUGUACUCACGAUUCUCUACAUCUCACGACAUAUACCCGCCAUGGCAGCUCUCGGCGACCCCGGCGUCACCAUCUUCAACCCCUUCUCGCGAGUCCCCGGAUCUUGUCUGCGCUCGAAACCCAAAGGCGUCCAACGAGCACGCCUAAAGCACCAGAACCAACCCCCCUCAGAUCCCCAACCCCACGAACCAACCGAACCAACCCUCCUCGACCGGUAACCCCCCAAAAUAACCCCAUAUACCCAACCCUAACCCAACAACAGAUUCUUCUCCCUCCCCCUCGAUCUCCGCAACCACAUCUACCGCAUGCUCCUCGUGCAGCCCUGCAAAUGGGACAUGCGUCACUUCGCCUCCCCCACCUGCACGCCCGUCCAAGACGACUACCCGGGCCCCAGCACCGACUGGUUCGUCCGCUGGACCGACGUCACCCACCUCUGCGCCGAGUGCCACGCCCCCGAGCACAUCUGGCGCAGCGGCGUCCCGGUCCUGGUCUCGCCGUUCCGCAGCGUCUGGGCCCCCGAGCAGACCAACCCCUUCCUGUGCGAUAACUGCUACUCCGAAGAAGUGCGCGCGAAACGCGAAUUCCACCCCCCGCUGAAACUCCUCAAGUGUCUGUGCGUCCGGCGCGAGAACCUGCAUUUUUUGCUCGUGAAUCGGCGGUUCUACGACGAGGCGGCUCGCGUCUUCUGGACCGAGAAUGUCUUUGCGUUUGAGAACCCAACCCUCCUGUGGCAGCUUUUGUGCUCGGUUCGUCCCGCCACGAGGGAUUGGAUUACCAGGAUUUCGCUCAUGGCGGAUGCGGAGCGCGGGGAGCUUGAUUCCGUGGAGACGCGCGGUGUCGUGAAUGCGAUGUACUGGCUAAGGCAGUGUAAGAACCUAACGCAUCUGGAGCUGGACGAGGGGUUUUUGUCGCGGCUGCCGUGGGUGUUGAAGGUGAAGAAUGUGCUGCCCAAGACGAGGGUGCGGUUUAUUCGGUAUGAGGAUCUCAGUCGCGCUGCGUUUCUAGGCGAUCAGUGUCCGCCUGUGUGGAAGGUGUUGUACUGUCGGAGGGACUCGCAGGAUCCGUUGGCGGAGAGGUUGGCGGUUAGUAUGGUGAGGCAGAGGCCGUUGAGACAUAAGAUGGUUAGGAAGCUGUUUGCGGAGUUGAGGGUUCCGGAGGAGACCGAUUGAGCUGGUCGAUUGUAAAGUGGACGGUUGGGAUUGAGAUUCUUGUUUGUAUGCCUCUGGUCAGCUGUCCGUCCGCUGGAUUCUCAAUCACAGAAACACGUCAUUACCUAGAUCCUAGGAUUAGUAUAAGAUACCCUCGUCGUUUGGCUUGCAGGGACUCCUGUCAAAAUC